UUGCAUGAUAUGCUUGGGUUUGAUGGCUGCUUUGAUUUAAUACUUAUUAAGAUUGAUAUCAGAACUGGAACAUUAACAUGUUGCUCAAGCAGGCAAAUGUUUCUUGCUGAUGUGCUCAGUCUGUAUCCUAGUCCCUAGCUCUAUUGUUGCAAAUUCUCUGCUUUGCUGCUUUGGUGAAACAUAGCUGAAAAUUAUAUAAUACCUUUUCCUUGUUAUGCUUGGAUUUGGUGGUUGUUUAAAUAGGGAUUGGGGAUGCAUAUUUUGUUGUUGCGAAUGGGCCAAAAGCUCAAUGGUUGUUGCACCAGUGCGUCAUAUCUUUAUUUUCCAAGAUCUUGUCCUUGUAUGACAAAAUAUAGCCUGCAGCUGUGCUGUGGAAUGAAGUGGACAAUGUAAUCACAUUCUGGAGCACAAUAUAUUCAUUGUUCAUUGUGCUGGGUUGUAUGUGAUUUGAAUGCUGGCGUUAUUGGUCAGACUCAAGAGUGAGUAAAGGUGUACAUUGUUUGCAUCUGUAUGCUGAUGUUGAGCGAGCAAAAACAUUUUAUGGUGAUGUGAUAUCUUCUUGGGCUAUUAACACACUUUCUUUUGUUUUUUGCGUGUGAUAGUGUUGUUGAAUGAGAUGACUGAAUGAUGCUUUAAAGUAACUCGAAUCCUUCAAACAGAGUCUUCAUUGUGAAGCUGGACACUAUAUCCUUGUAAACUCCUGCAUAAUUCUGUCUGCCACAUAUGUCUGUACUGGCAUGAGGGCAUAAUUCAGUAAAAUAUAGGCAAUUUGGCAAAAUGAAAUGGACUUAACUUUAUAGUGAAUUGCCUGUUGCAUAAUGGUGUCUCAGAAUAAUCUUGUUCUUGCAUUACACAUUGAAUGAAAAACUGAAGUCUUGGGAGCUGGCAUUGCAUUAUUAGUAGUAUUAAGUAACAUUGUUUUCUUACUAGUUGCCGUUUUCUCUUGGCAUUUCAUAUUCCCAUACACAAUCAGUGGAUCUCUGCAUUCUGGAAUAUUCUGAUGACACCGUGUUUCUGAAAUCAGGUUGAGUUAAAUUAUUGCUCGUGGGUCAUUAAUGUCCUGAUGAUCAUUUCAGGGGCAGUACCCAACUGAAGGACAGCUUGAUAGUUUUUUUGUUGGUAAGGCCGAAGGCAUUGAUGAACUUGGACAAUUUGCAGGAAGAUUGAGGGAUGGGGCAUUGCGUUUCAGGCAUUAACUACUAUCAUCUUGCUGUCAUUCUAAUCUGUUUAAGAUUGGGAUGGAACUCGAGUCAAAUUUAUGUCUGAAAAGAUUCCCCGAGAAUGCAGUAUAAAUGAUGUCCUCGCCUGCACCAUGCUUACAGCCAUAUCACCGAGAGUCCUCACGUAGCUUUGAAGUAGAAAAUAGAAUUGAAGGUUCAGAUCAGCAGAAUGGAAGCAAAGUGCGCAUCCAUUUGGAGUGAGGAAUCUGAGAUGAUUGCUCACCUGCAGUCCAUGUUCUGGAACAGCAGCGAUGCUCAUGCCAGCCUUUCUUCUCCCAACAGUAGCACUAGUUCUUGUAUUGAACCUAGCACAUUGCCUACUGCCUUGUUCCUUCCACUUAUUGAAAAAGAGAGUUAUGACACAGUGCCAUUUGAGAAUGCUGCCGCAGAUUGGUGCUUUGAUCACCAGAGUGAGGCCUUUGCGAUUGGUAAUGCAGUUACUGGUGACAAGAGGGCCCUUCUCAUGGAUGAGAGAAGGAAGAAGAGUAAGAACAGUAGCAAGAAACCCCGUACUGUUGCCCCAGUACUGAUGACAACUUCAAGUGCUCUUGAUGAUAAGGCCAAUACCGAGCUUAUCAAUCACAGCAGCUCCUGGUGCUGUAGCUCUGAAGAUGACUCUAUUGGUGUGUGUGAGGAAUCUGUUGUUCUGAAACAGAGUAGCAGUUCAAGAGGUCGUAGUUGGUCCUCAAAGAAUUCACAGUCUCUUUACGCAAAGAAGAGAAGAGAGAGGAUUAAUGAGAAACUAAAAACACUGCAGCAGCUAAUUCCCAACGGCACCAAAGUUGACAUGAGCACUAUGCUGGAGGAGGCAGUUCAGUACGUCAAGUUUCUACAGCUGCAAAUAAAGCUGUUGAGCUCUGAUGAGACAUGGAUGUAUGCUCCUCUUGCCUACAACCACACCAGCAUUGAUAUUAAUCUGAAUUCUUCAGCGAAGAAAUGAAGACCGUCCAAAAAGAAUUGGGCAAACUGAUCAUAAUUCAGAAGGAUGUGACCUGUCAAGUCAAACCCAGUACAUGUUGCAUCUGUUUUUAGAACUGUAAUUAACCCUGACUUUACAUAAUUCAGUUGCUUCGUGUAAGUAAGAGCAAGAGAUUAACUUAUGAUAAAGUUGGAGCAAGGAUCUCCCUUGUCAAAUGAUCAAAUAAUGCAUCAAAGAUUUCUACAA